AUGUUCUGGAAAGUGGUGAUCACCGGAUUCUUGGGGGUCCUGUUGUGGCUCUAUUUUGUGCCUCUUUACGCGGAUAUUGAUCCACUCGCGUUGGACGAGCAGGCGUCUGUAUCUGCUACGAGGCCGAGUCCGCGCGAGUCUGCAGUGUACAGAUCAGUGGAUGUUCCCCACGGGUUACCGCUUACCACCGGGUUGAGACUGUUGAGACACGGUUCUCGAUACACUACGACCGAUGGAAACUUGCAGGAUUGCUGGGAUCUCCACAAAGAGGCUGGUAAAGCCGUCAUUGUUGGUGGGGAGAAGAUAGCGCGUGGUGAGCUUGCGGAACGAGUGGAAAGUCUUGUUUCUGGGCUUAAAAUGCUGACGUCGUUUCACUGGUUGGGUGUCUUUGACUGUGAGCUUGAUGUUUGUUCGCUUUCGGUGCAAUUGGCUGGGCUGUUUACUGGUGAUUUUGGGCUUUUCCAGAUCUCGGACCCGGCUGGACUCACCCAGUAUGCUGCUUCUCAGGAGUCUGAAAAACGCGAUGUAGACCUCGUGUUUGUGCGUGGAAAAGACACAAAAAACUUGCUGAGUCUUCUUGAUCUUGGGAUCUUUGCGACUGUUGUCGUCCUGGACGAUUUCAUUGAUGAAGACAUAGCCAAUGCUUUCCCCGUGAAAUUUGUCAAGCUGUCGGAGCUGUCGGAGCUGACCGCUGGCAAGAAAACUGCGUACACUGCACCAGAUCUGACUAGCUCCAAAACAUAUUUCAAACAGUGCUUGAGGAUUCAGAAGGAUGAUCGUGUUUUUGAAUUUACGCACGGUAAUUUCGUCUCUAUUGUCGCUUCUCAGCUGUACUCCCUUCCCGCAGGUCACUCUUGGAAACCGGAAGACAAAGUCCUGAUUGUUGUUGACCAUGCUGAGUUUGGGCAUUAUCUCGCAAAACUAGCGAUGUGUUUUGUUGUUGGGUGUGAAACCGCAAUUGUUACUUCCGCAGGAAUUGACUUGGAUACUCAAAUCCGUCGGCUGGCACCUUCUAUUGUCCAUGCUAGUGACGCCGUGUGGUCUUCCAACUCAACCGUUCCAAUCGCCUUCUACGAUGUUAUCUUAAACAACGUUGCAGAAAGCUGGUUCUCCACUGGAAGUUGUACACAAUUGGCUGAUUGGAGACGCCAGUUCAAACAGCUCAGAUUAGUGUAUUCCGCAGGUACCCCAGGUAGCGAGCGUCUCAACCACAAUGCUGUCCAGGCCAAAUAUGGAGUGAGACUAAUCCAAGAGCUUGUUGUUCCUGGCAUUCUGGGUCCUGUACUGAAAACAAAUUUCUACGAUUAUCGCGUUGUGGGAACCAAUGUCCAUAGAAGAGGAGUGCCUGCUAAUUGUCUGGAGGUCAAGGUUAUUGAUCAUGGAAGACGUCUGGCUGACAAAAGAGAAGGUAAACUUCAUGUUCGUGGUUUCAAUAUCGGCAAGUCCAUUUCGGGUGUCUCUGAGACCGUUUCCAGUCCAGCUGACUCUGGAGAACCCGGGUGGAUGCCUUUGGAUGUGGUGGGCAAGUUCGGUACUGAUGGGUGUUUCUACGAGUAUGUCUGA